AAACUUCUCAUAAGUUGCCAGAUAAGAUAUGGCAGAUCGUGGGUGGAUGUAUAGUGGUUGGAAGCGUGGUAGGCCAACAAAUGAAUGGGUUGAGAAAACAAAUGAGUUUUUGGAUCGUGCCUACUCAAUCCCUGAAUUAGUUGAGUCUGGUACAAUUAAGUGCCCUUGUGCCAUGUGUCAGAAUUAUUUCAAGCAUAAAAGGCCUAAGAUAGAGUUGCAUUUGUGCCACAAUGGUUACAAAGAAAAUUGGAGAGAGGCUGGGAAACCAUGACAUUGUGAUUGGUUCAGAGAUAGAACAUGAGGGAUUUGGUGAGACAGACCAGAUGAAUGCUAUGCUAGUUGACUUAGCUGGUGGGCACCCACCAUCACCAUUAGUUGAGGAAACACUAACUGGUUUUGCCCAAGCUUUCUAUAGAAUGGUUGCUAGUGCAGAUGAGCGAGUACAUGACCAAACCUUGCACUCUAAUCUCUCUGCUGUUGCUCGUUUAUUGGCCAUUAAGUCUCAGUACAAUCUGUCAGUAGCAUGUUAUGAUGAUUUUGUGGGCCUCGUGCAUGAACUCCUUCCUCCUAAUUCUAGGAUCCCCCAAGAUUUUUAUCGUUCCAAAAAAUUGCUAGAGGGCCUUGGUAUGCCAUACCAUAAAAUUGAUGUUUGUGAAAAAAAUUGCAUGCUAUACUACAAAGAUAAUCAGGAUAAGGAUAAGUGUGACAUAUGCGGUACCUCCCGUUAUAAGGAUGGAUCAAACAAGGUUCCACGUAAAGUGUUGCGCUAUCUGCCCAUUACAGAUAGGUUACAAAGAUUAUAUGCACAUGAGGGCACAGCAAAGCUAAUGCGUUCACACAAAGAAAGUCAUGUUGCAAGGUCUACAAAAAUGUUGCAUCCAUGUCAUGGCAAGGCAUGGAAGCAAUUUGAUGAUGAUUUUCCAGAUUUUGCAGAAGAUGCUAGGAAUGUAAGACUUGGGUUUGCAACUGAUGGGUUCACACCAUAUAAAUUGAAUGCAGCUUCUUACUCUUGUUGGCCUGUUUUUUGGGUUCCCUAUGAUCUUCCACCUGGUGUUUGCAUGAAGCCUGAGUAUAUAUUCCUUGCUAUGGUCAUCCCUGGACCAGAACAUCCUGGAAAGAACCUAAGUGUACUGCUGCAACCUAUGGUAGAUGAAUUGCUAAAUCUGUGGGCUGGGGUAGAUACAUAUGAUGCUUCGGUGAAGCGACACUUUACAUGAGAGCAUCAUACUUAUGGUCAAUACAUGACUUUCCAGCAUAUGGCAUGUUUGCUGGAUGGAGCACCCAUGGGAUUUUUGCAUGUCCACAAUGCAUGUGUGAGGCUAAUGCAUAUCGAUUAAAGAAAGGCCUUAAGGCUACAUGGUUUGAUUGCCAUAGGCGGUUUCUUCCUAUAGAUCAUCCCUUUCGAAACGACGCAAAUGCGUUUCUCAAGGGUAAGGUAGUACAAGAAGGCCCCCCUAGGAAUUUAACCGGAGUGGAGGUUAAAGAUCAGCUAGACAGACUAGUCGAUGAUAGAGACAAAUAUGGCAAAGAACACAACUGGACAUAUAAAAGUGGCCUUUGGCAGCUUCCUUACUUUACUAAAUUACUGCUUCGCCAUAACAUAGAUGUGAUGCAUAAUGAAAAAAAUGUGGCUGAAGCUAUUUGGAACACAUGUUUUGAUAUUAAAGGUAAGACUAAAGAUAAUGUGAAAGCCAGACAAGACAUAGAGAUGCUUUGUGACCGUCCAUCUCUUCAUUUGUAUAAAAGGAAUGGGAAGUGGCAGAGACCAAGGGCCCCAUAUUGUAUAGAUAAGGAUGAUAAGACCAAAAUUCUGAAAUGGUUCCAAGAACCACUACACCACAACCCUUAAUCUGCAACUAACUGCAGUUGCUAAAAGUUGUUAUUAGCAUAGAAUGGUGAGUCGCUAAAGGUUAGUGAAGGACGGUCAGUUGCUAAAACCGAAUAGGGCGAUGGACGGUCCGUCGCUAUAAUCUUUUUCUUUUGCGUUGGACAGUCCGUUGCUAUACAUCAGGAACAACAUCAGAUGGUCCGUGGCUAUAGAAAUUUUCCAUUCGCGCGUGGUACUUGGGCCCUUCCCGCUGUAAUAUUCUUAGUUAUUACUUCCUUUGUUAAAACAGAAUUAGUUAGUCACUAGAUUGAUUAAUAUUCUUAAUAUUUUCCUUCCGUUGUCUACUCAUGGAUUGAUCCAUUUGUCUAUUAUUACACGUCAGUAGACCCUAAGACUGACCCAGAAGAAAAAUAUGUUGCCCUCCUAGUAGUAGUAGUACUACUACUAAUACACUGAGACCCUAGGUAGCAGGCAGCCGUAGGUCAAUGGACCAGCACCGUAACUCUCUCUUCCUCCCUCUGCUUCAUUCCUUACCCCUAUCUGUUCUUCACGUUGCACAUGGCAGCAGCCCCCGCUGCUCAAAUCCACCUCCCCGGAUGGCAAAUCUCACCUCUAAUUAUCUCCAUACUAUUCUCUCCAAUACAAUGGUGCUACCCCUGCCAUUUCCCCUCCAUUCUGACCUUUUAAUACCCUCUAAUUUGAGAUCCCAGUUCUGCUCUCUUUCCCCCUUUCACUGCGUUCAAACUAGAUGCCGUAAAUCGGCAACCAUGGUCGGGCGGCGGCGUGCACCACCGAGGUGCUGAACUCGACAACCAUGGCGCCCAGGUAAGGUCAAGAAGCCUAUGUGUGCUGCUGUGUGUGGGGAUUUGGGCUCUAGCAACAACUCCUCUGAUCUAACCUGUACAUUGUAUGCAUAUUAAGGGCCAAUUGUGUUGCUGCAGGCCAGCAGUAAGAUUAGGAAUCCUGUUGCAAUCGUUAUUGGCUAAUUGAAAAGCUAAAGGUCUGCAAUCAGCAAACAAGAUCUCAGGGGGUUGCUAGUUCUUCUCAAAGAUUUUCUCAAGGUGCUGCAAGAUCAUCUUAGAGACGCUAGGCAGUGCUAGAUUGUUGGCAAGAAGGGUGCUGGGAGUAAACUUGAAUGCUUUUGGACUAGAUGCUAUCUUAUGGUGUACUAGAUACUAUCUUUAAAUACUUUUGGACUACAAUCUGGAAGUUUUAGUUUGUGGACUCGAUGGUCAUAAUGUUGGAUCACUUUUGGAUGACUUAGCUAGAUUAUGUAUUCAGCUACUAUAUGCAUGUUUGUAUGUUGGUUUGAUGGCAAGAAGCUUAAUAAGCUAGUCACAUGAUUAUAUAUGUACCCAUUUGAUAUGGAUGACUGAGUGUAUGAUUAAUGUAUCUAUUUGUGUAUGUCAUUUAGUAUAA